GUUCAUCACGUCAGAAGACGACGUAUAUGAUGCAUACACCAUAAAAGAAACUCUUGAUGGAAGGGAGGAAAGAAAAAGAGAAACGUAGGGAAGGCAAAAAUCUUCGACUUGUGCAGUAUGAAGAGACUCUCUCGUCCCUGCAUCCUCGCUGCUCUUUUGGUCGUCGUCUCCACGCUUCCUCCCUUUUGUUCGGCCCUUCGCCGGGAUUCUCUCACCAGAGGCUCAUCGCUCUCCGUGGAGGACGACACCGACAUCCUCGUCUCGCAGGACGAGUCCUUCGCCUGCGGCUUCUACAAGGCUGGCUCCAACGCCUACGCCUUCUCCAUCUGGUUCGCCAACUCCGCCAACGCCACCGUCGCCUGGACUGCGAACCGCGACCAGCUCGUGAACGGGCGCGGCUCGAGGAUCACGUUGCGCAGGAGCGGGCGCCUGGCGCUGACGGACUUCGACGGCACGCUGGUGUGGAGCAGCAACACCAGCUCCGGCUCCGCUGACCGCGCGCUGCUGCUGAACACCGGCAAUCUUGUGGUGGUCGAUGCCGACAACACAACUCUGUGGCAAAGCUUUGAUUCCCCCACCGACACUCUCCUCCCCAUGCAACCCAUCACCAAGAGCACGCCGCUGGUCUCCGCGUCCGCUUCGGGUUUGCUUUCGUCUGGCUACUAUAGGUUCUACUUCGACACGGACAACGUCCUCCGCCUCAUCUACGACGGGCCGGACUUUUCCAGCAUCUACUGGCCUAAUCCCAUGUACAAUGUGUGGGUGAACGGUCGAACCAGCUACAACAGCACCAGGUAUGGUGUUCUUGAUGAGAUGGGGCAUUUCUACGCCAGCGAUCAACUGGAGUUCAAUGCAUCUGACUACGGCCAUGGGAUCACAAGGAGGCUAACUCUGGACUACGACGGCAACCUUCGAGUCUACAGCCUAAGCAAGCAAACCAGGACUUGGUCGGUGUCAUGGCAGGCGGUUCUGCAGCCCUGCGACGUGCACGGCACCUGCGGCCGAAACGGGCUCUGCGUCUACUCCGCCAGGGUGGGAUGUACCUGCCCACCCGGUUUCGAGGUGAACGACCCAAGCGACUGGAGCAAAGGUUGCAAGCGCAAGCACAACAUCAGUUGCCAUCCUCACCAGAAUCGGUUCUUGAGGCUUCCCUAUACGGAUUUCUGGGGGUUCGAUCUCAACUACACCAGUGGUCUUUCGUUGGGGGAGUGCAGGAAGAUCUGCAGCGAGGACUGCUCGUGUGAAGCUUUCGGGUAUAAGCAGGGAUCAGGAGAGUGCUAUCCCAAGACCAGCCUCUUCAAUGGCAGAUCAUCUCAGAGCACCGGCAACACCAUCUACAUGAAACUCGCGAGAAACGUAGGAGAACACUCGCGAUACCCUGUGAUACCAGCGGCGGCUGAGGAACCUGCUUGCAAUGGCACCAAGGUGCAACCUUUGGCGGGUCAAUCCGAGUUGCGUCGUAAAGCGGGUGGAAUGACCAAGUGGGAGUACUUCUACGGGUUCGUCUCGGCGUUCUUCGCGGUAGAGGCUCUCUUCAUCGCAUCUGGUUGGUGGUUCAUCUUCAGGAGGGAGAAGAAGCGGAGCUCGACGGACGAGGGAUACCAGGCGAUAUCGAGCCAGUUCCGGAGGUUCACGUACGCAGAGCUGAAAAGAGCCACGAGGGACUUCAAGGAUGUUGUCGGAAGGGGAGGUUCCGGAGCCGUCUACAAGGCGGCCUUGGACGACGAGCGGGUGGUGGCGGUGAAGAAGUUGGAGGACGUGAUUGAAGGAGAGGAGGAGUUCAAGGCCGAGCUGAAUCUGAUUGGGAGGAUAUACCACAAGAACUUGGUCAGGAUGUUCGGCUUCUGCUCCGAACGCUCGCACAGGCUCUUGGUCUCCGAGUUCGUCGAGAAUGGUUCCCUGGACAAGGCUUUGUUCGGCUGUGGCGCCGCCGGUAGACUACUACGGUGGAGCGAGAGGUACCAGAUCGGAGUGGGCGUGGCCAAAGGAUUGGCGUAUCUGCACCAUGAGUGCCUCGAGUGGGUCAUCCACUGCGACGUGAAGCCGGAGAACAUCCUGUUGGACCAGGAUUGGGAGCCAAAGAUCGCAGACUUCGGGCUGGCGAAGCUGUUGAACAGAGGUGGCGCAGGCUCCAACCCAUCGAGGAUUCGAGGAACGAGGGGGUACAUCGCGCCGGAGUGGGCGUCGAGCCUUCCCAUCAACGGGAAGGUGGAUGUGUACAGCUACGGGGUGGUGCUCCUGGAGCUGGUGAAGGGGGAGAGAGUCUCCAACUGGGUGGCGGACGGGGUGGAAGAAGAGGUGGGCCUGGUGCUGCGGAGGACAAUCAUGACGCUCAAGGCGGAGCUGGAGAGCGGAGAAGAGGCAUGGAUCGGCGAGUUCGUAGAUCACAGACUGGAGGGGGAGGUAAAUUGGAGGCAGGCCAUGGUGAUGAUGGAGAUCGCGUUCGCUUGCGUGGAAGAGGAGAGGAAUCGAAGGCCAACCAUGGAUUCGGUGGUGCAGAUGCUGCUCUCAUGUGAUGAUGAGAUCCCGUCAGGUUGCCGAGACAUGUAGCUAGCCAUAAUCAGUAAAGGACCUUAAAACGAGUCCCUAAAUAGAUGAUAGAUGAUAGAUGAUGAUGAUUGUGUAGGUUUCAGAGCAUCGAUCCUAGGAAGAAAGAAUGCUUGAAUUCU